AUGGGUCUUGGUUUUGUUCAGGAUAGCACGGUUCAUGCACUCAUGAAGCAGGAGGUACAGUUCCGGACCAUUGGAGUACACAUGCUUUUGAUCAUGAGGAACACAUUCUUGGUUUUGUUCUUCCCUUGUUUUUUUAUACUUUCAUUUGCCAGUGGUCUUCAUCAAAAAUCAGUUAUCUUUCCUGAACCAACUAACUAUAGUUAUGUGAUUUUGAAUCCAAGCAAGCCCCUCGAACUUACAGCCUUCACCCUGUGCAUGCGAGUUGCUGUGGAACAGACACGCGAGACCAUCAUCUUUGCUUAUUGCAAAGCCAAUCGUGAUGAAUUUAAUGUAUGGCGAGAAAAGAAUGGCACAUAUUCAGUGUAUUUCAGAAGUGGUAGUGAUGGGAUACACUUUACUAUCCCCCCACUCAACACAUUUUUCACUCACCUUUGUGUGACAUGGGAAUCUAAAUCUGGGCUAACUGCUUUUUGGGUAAAUGGAAAAAGAUCUGUAAGAAAAGUUUACAAAAAGGGACACAAAAUCCUUUCUGGGGGAAUUGCUUUAAUAGGUCAGGACCAAGACAAAUGUUUGGGAGAUUUUGACAUAAACCAGAGCUUUGUUGGAGAGAUAUCAGAUUUAAACAUGUGGGAUUACGUUCUAACUUCAAAUGAUAUUGCCGCUCUUAGUGAUGGUUAUGAGGUUGCUAAAGGAAACAUUUUUCAAUGGAGUGAGAUAUCAUAUGAAAUUAAAGGGAAUGUUGUUGUACAGCCUAUAAAUGAUUAUUCUGCAGUAUGA